CUAGCUCUCGGGUUCCGGGUCCCGGGUCCCCAGAGAGGUGAGUCCGCGGCAGGUGGGCGCCGGUUGCCAGACCGCUUGCGAAGCCGCCCCCUCAGGGCCAGCCCGGGCCCUCAUGCAGUCACGAAGCUGAGCCGCGCGCCGGAGAGCCGCAGCUUCGCCUCGCCGGGGACAGCCGGGGCGCCCUUGGAGGCCGCAGCGAGUGGGCCUGCCGGGCGUCGGGAGCGAGCCGCCGCCGCGCUCAGCCUGCCUUGCUGUGCGUGGGGGGCUUCCGAUCCCUCCCUCCGGCGCGCGCUGUCGGGCGACAUGCUCGAGGUUGUUGCCGCCCGAGUGCGGCGGAGCUGGCGCAGGCCACCUGUGUGACAACUUGAACUUUUCCUAGGAUUUCCCGGCCGCCAGUUUGGUCACGUUGCGCAUUUCCUCUGAGACCUCGUGCGCUUAUCGAUGAAGUAAAAGCAAGAUUUUCCCUAGUUCUUUCAGAACGUUACGACUUUUCUCCAUUUCGAGACAGCUCAGGAAACUACCAGAGGGAUAGACACUCCCCUCCGUCGGGCCCUGCGUUGUCUUUGGGAGCUUGGGGCCUGUUUGUGCCCCGCCCUCACUGACGUCUUUCCAUCACUUAGAGACGACACUUGUCCGGAGACAUGAUCCCGAAGGCUUGAGCUACUCGCCUGGAGAGAGAGAGGCUGUCUCCGGAGCCCCAAAAUGGCGGCUAAGAUGGAGAUAACUUUGAGCUCGCAGUCCCACAUUCAGGCCUCCUCCAAGCCAGAGAGACACAUAAUAACAAAGCUGGAGGAGAAACGGGGACCGGCUCUGCAAAAGGACCGCCCAGAUCCCGAGCUCUCCCGCCAGAGCUUCCGAAGGUUUUGUUAUCAAGAGGUGUCUGGACCCCAAGAGGCACUCUCCCGGCUCCAGCAGCUCUGCCGUCAGUGGCUGCAGCCUGAGCUGCACACCAAGGAGCAAAUAUUGGAGUUCCUGGUGCUCGAGCAGUUCCUGAACAUCCUGCCCCCGGAGAUCCAGGCUCGGGUCAGGCAUCGAUGUCCAGUGAGCUGCAAGGAGAUUGUGACCCUUGUGGAAGAUUUUCAAAGAGCAGCCAAGAGACCAAAGCAGUGGGUGGCCGUGUGCAUGCAGGGGCAGAAGGUGCUCUUGGAGAAGACUGGAUCUCAGCUUGGAGAACAGGAAUUGCCAGACUUUCAGCUGCAAACUCCUAGGAGGUAUCCCCGGGAGAGUGCUCUGGAGGAGCCUUCCCAGGCGGGAUCUCCAGACCAGCUGAGCUCUCAUCAUUGGGAAAAGUCACCGCUCCUCCAGGAACCAAGCCCCAGAUUGGCUGGGACAGAAGCCCCCAGAAUGAAAAGUGACAACAAGGAAAAUCCACAGCCAGAAGGGGCAAAAGGAGGGAAGCCAUGUGCCCUGUCCCCUGGCAGAUCCAAAGGUAAUGGUCUGCAGAGUCCCGAACCGAGAGGGGCGAAUAUGAAUGAACCCCGGUUGUCACGGAGGCAGAUCAGCCCCCCAAAUGCUCAGAAGCCAUUUGCUCACUACCAGAGACAUUGCAGGGAACUGGAAUACAUCAGCAGCCCCCUGAAAAGUCACCCACUGAGAGAGCUGAAGAAAAGCAAAGGGAGCAGAAGGAGCCUGAGCAGUCGUUUGCAGCGUCUUGGUCACCAGCCGACCUGUUCGGCAAAGAAGCCUUACAAAUGUGAUGACUGUGGGAAAAGCUUCACGUGGAAUUCAGAGCUGAAAAGGCACAAGCGAGUGCACACAGGGGAGAGGCCCUACACGUGCGGAGAGUGUGGGAACUGCUUUGGGCGCCAGUCGACCCUGAAACUGCACCAGAGGAUCCACACCGGGGAGAAGCCCUACCAGUGCGGCCAGUGUGGGAAAAGCUUUCGCCAGAGCUCAAACCUCCACCAGCACCACAGACUCCACCACGGGGACUGAAGCGGGCUUUGUUCUCUGUUCAGAAGGAAGACAUCUAUAUUUCUCCUUCCCCUUACUUGCAUGUAAAUCACAGGUUGUCUGCGUGACUUACAAGGAAAGCAAGAAGUCCCCAAGGGAUGCGGUGCACGUGCAGCUGGUGAGGAGUUCCAGACGAUGCUGAGGGGGAUGUGACUGUGUCGGUGACAGGGUGAAGAAAUGGCAGGUCUGGGCAUUGGGUCAGAGAGAACUGGGGCCUCUGCUGGAAAGCAGGGAGUAACAGCUGAGAGAAUCUAGCCGAUCCCGCAGGUGCCCCUCCCCCCACCUUGGUGUGACAUCUUCCCCCUGCUGCUUUAUUUAUUCUCUAAACGUGUUCAAGGGUAAAUUACAUACGUAUAUAUUUAAUGUACUUGCUGUCAUGCCAGACUGUCUUUACCACACACACACUUCUUUAAUAAUGAUCAGUGAUUUCAAGGCAAAAUUUCAUUGGAAUAUAAAUCCCCUCAUAUUAUUUCUGUAAUUGCUGGCUGUUCGUAAUAAAGGAUACGUGAAGUCAGAGUAUAAA